CCCAAGAACGGCAAAGUCGCGAUCGCGCUAGUGCGGUGCUACUGGUGAAAAUUCUUGGAAAAUGUUGCAGAUCUCGUAUCUAAUAUGUGCGAUAUGUAUAUGCGGUGGGAUUUUAAGCCAGGCUAUGGGCCUACCGGAUAACGCUCUGAGCAGUGGCGGCUCCGUCUCCCAUUUCGAACCCCAAGUGGCUCUCCUCUGCGACGCCGGGCCCCACGGGCAGGAGGCCUACCACCCGAAGCAUAUGAACGAUGAGGGCGAAUGGGUCUCUGACUUCUAUUCCAAGGCCACCUGUUUCAAAGACAAGAUGGACAUACUUAACUACUGUAAAAAGGUAUAUCCAAAAAGAGAUAUAACCAACAUCGUAGAAAGCAGUCACUAUCUUAAAAUUGGAUCCUGGUGUAGAGCUGGAUCUACCGCUGGCACUCAAUCAAGAGGAAAAUGCAAAACGGCUAGAUGGGUGAAACCCUUCCGAUGUUUAGAAGGACCUUUCCAAUCUGACGCCCUCUUAGUACCAGAAAACUGUAUGUUCGACCACAUCCACAAUCAGAGCAACUGUUGGACCUUCGCAAGGUGGAACUCCACAGCCGGUAAUGCCUGCCAAGAAAAGGGCCUGCAGCUGAGAUCAUUCGCCAUGCUUUUACCUUGUGGCAUUUCGUUAUUUAGCGGAGUUGAAUUCGUCUGCUGCCCCAAACAUUUAAAAGAUAACAUGAAACCCAAAAAGCCUGUCGACCUGGCUAUUCUGAAGAAAGAACAGGAAGUCUUUGAUGCCAUAGAUGAUGACGAUGAUGACUCUGAUGAAGAGGAUGAUAAAGACGACUUGGACGACCUUGCUGACGAUACUGAAUUGUCCGAUGACCCUAAUAUUGAUGAUGAAGACGAGGACGAAGACGAUGAUGACUACGACGAUAUUGACUGGGACACAACUCCAUCAAGUACCACCAUAGCUUAUAAACCAUUAGCAUCAUCUACAACUACGACUCCUAGUACCACAACAACUACCAGGACUACAACUGUUGCCACUCCAGAUCCAUAUUUCACUCAUUUUGAUCCAAGAAAUGAACAUGAAAGUUACAAGGAAGCUCAGGAACGCCUUGAAGAAACUCAUCGUGAAAAAGUCACUAGGGUAAUGAAGGACUGGUCAGAUCUAGAGGAACGUUAUCAAGACAUGAGACAGACAGACCCAAGAGGAGCAGAUGAAUUCAAACAAAGAAUGACACAAAGAUUCCAGCAAACUGUUCAGGCACUUGAAGAGGAAGGUGACGCAGAAAAACACCAACUUGCCGCCAUGCAUCAACAAAGGGUACUAGCUCACAUCAAUCAAAGGAAAAAGGAAGCUAUGUCUUGCUACACUCAGGCUCUAAAUGAUGAUCCACCAAAUACCCAUCGUGUCCAGAAAUGUCUACAAAAGCUCCUGCGUUCCCUCCACAAAGACCGUGCUCACGCUAUUAGCCACUACCGUCAUCUCUUGGCUACUAGCAUAGAAGCAGCAGCCCGUGAACAACCAAGAACCCUCGAACGCCUUACUGACAUUGACCGAACCGUAAACCAAAGUAUGCAGAUGCUCAAAAGAUAUCCAGAAUUAUCUGCCAAAAUUGGACAGUUAAUGGAUGACUAUAUUCAAGCUCUUAGGUCAAAAGAUGAAACACCUGGUUCACUUUUAGCUAUGACCACUGAUGCCGAACAAGCGAUUUUGGAUAAAUUUAAAUCAGAAGUUGCCUCAAAGCAAGCAGAAAGAGAAAGGCAAAGGAUUCAAGAAAAAGAAAGGAAAGAACAGAGGAAGAAAGAAAGGACUGAAUUGAAAGAAGAACAAAAACGUGUUGAGGAAGCUCUUGGCAAAAAGAUUAGCAAUUUUGAUGAUGAAGAUAUGGAAGAUGAAUCUUUACCAGAAGAAAAACUUUCCACUACAGUUUCUCCAACAUCAGGCAGCACAUUUUCUGAAAUUAUGAGCAAUUCUGUAACAGCUACGGUGGGACACAAGGAAGUUGACGAUGCUGCAGUUCAAGAAGCUGUCGAAGAAGUCGCUAAAGCUGCAUCUCAUAAACAGGAUAUCAUCAGAGUUGCUCACUUGAUGAGCCACGAUAUUGGUCAUGGUGAACCUACAUAUUCCGUCAGACGAGAAGUCUAUGGAAGAAAGGACGGCAAGAGUGUAUACUUUACUUUAGCUUUCGCAGGCAUGGCCUUGAUGGCUGCCAUAAUCGUAGGUGUGGCUGUGGCCAGACGCAGAUCCGCAAGAUCGCCUCAGAGCCAGGGCUUCGUAGAAGUUGAUCAAGCGGCCACCCCUGAGGAAAGACACGUAGCUAACAUGCAAAUAAACGGUUACGAAAAUCCUACCUAUAAAUAUUUCGAAGUAAAAGAGUAAUAUGUAAUGUACGAACCACUUGGACGUUUAUUUAAUUUCUUACAGAGUGUUGUUUUGCCUGGCAGCGUAUAAUUUGAUAUUAUUUGAAGCAAUACUUUGAUGUGUUUUUUAUGACCGACGGUCUUGUUAAGUUUGAUGAUUUUCGUUUGAGGCUACUAGGAUCUUAACCAUUCCAUUAAUUUUUAAUUUAACUGUACUUAAUAAGCAACUCGAUAAUAAUUCUACAUAUGCAAAGUAUAAAAUAUAUAAAUAUUUUGAGAAUUAUGAAAACUUGAAUAGUAAGUAAUAAUUUUUGCAUAUGACAGUCCAUGUUUACAUAUUUAAUGUAAUCAUUUAUAGUAAAAGUAUUGUGACGGUACACACAUUAUACAUAUUGCGAUAUUAGUUAGACAUAAAACAUUGUGUAUCAUCACAAUAUCCAGUUAGUUGCUAGAUGUAUAUGGUACCCUCCAUAUUAUACUUAAUAAAGAUUAGAUUAUAAUGUGCAUGUUAAUCAACAAGCUUUUGUACAAAGUCUUUUUAUUUUUGUUACGACUUUAACCAGCUUUAUUCACGCCCUUUACCCCUUAUAUCCAGCCCAGGAAAAUUUUACAAAAUGAUCGGUGUUUUACCUUCCCAAUGUAUAUAUAUUUAUUACAGCGAUUAGAUCUACCAAAAAAGAAAAAUAAAAUAUUAAAAAAUUCCUGCCAGCAGUAUUUCACAAAGUGCAAGAACUCGAAUAACACACAACAGUGUAGGUAUAUGAAUAAUAUUCUUAACCAACACUCAUUUUCUAGUUAUUAAAAUUCUAGUAGCCAGAAAGUAUUACAAACGUUAAUUUGCCAUAAAAGUUUAAAGUGAAAAUUCUGUAAAUAUUUUCCUGGGUAAUCCCAAUCAAAGAAGACCAACUGAUGGUUCAUCGUUCAAGCACAAUAUGAUUGAAUACAUGUAUGUCUAUCUUUCUUUGAACAAAUGUGUGCCGUAUGUGAUUUCCGACCGAAAUUUGUUGCGUUAAAUUUAAAAAUAGUGGGUUACAAAACUAAACCUGCCUAGAUAAGAUAGUAAUACAAUGUAUUCAGUAUGAUUUCUUUCCCAGAUUUUGAGUAUUUGACGAGAGCUUAAACAAUAACUUUAAAUUACUUCAUUCACUAUAUCUUUUAUUUCAGCCGUAAAAUCAGAAUUUGUAUUACAGUAUCAUUAAAUGCAUACGUAAUAUUGACAAAUUUAUUUUAACUUUAAAUCUAAUUCACACAGAAAAAUAGACGAUUAUAGAGAACGAAGCAAUUUCGGGUUUUGUGUAUUUUAAUCCAAAACUUGUAUUUUAAUUUGAGAGUAAGCUGUUUGUAGAUAACACAUUUGUGAAGAGAUCGUUUAUUUAUGGGCAUAACAAUUUUAUACUGAAUGGCUUCUGACAGCUUGUAUAAUAAUUUAGUAAAUAUAUAAAAAUUUCAUAUUAAUGUAAUUUCCUCCCACGAUCCUUAACUAGCGAAGGCUAGGAAAAAAGAUGUGUUUGAUGUGCAUAUUUAGUAAAUUUCCCAACAAUUUUCAUAAAUAUUUUUCCUAUUUACGGUGUUACUACUUAAAACACAUUUUGUUAAGGAAAAACACUUAAGCCAUUAUUUCUCUUAGUACCUACCCUAACCUAAUCUGUAUUAGAUUAGUUUAAUAGUAUAGUUAUUAUAUGUUUUGUGGCCAUGUAAUUUUAAAUUUAAUGUAAUAAAGAACUAACUUAUUAUUUUA